AUGGCGCCGCCCGGUUCGCGCCGGUGGGCGUACGUGCGGAUCAUGGCCGGCACCAUCCUCGGCGGCGGCCUCGGCUUCUACGUCAUGCACCGCAUCGAGACCUCCUACAAGGCCAAGAUGGAGGAGAGGCUGCAGAGGUACGAGGCGCACAUGCUCGCCAAGGCCAAGGAGGCGCAGGACGAGGGGCCCCGCGAGGACCAGGCGCAGCGCUUGCCGGACUUGUGA